AUGGCAACGGAGCCGCCAUCCCCCCUCCGACUCGAGGCUCCUGGCCCCCCAGAAAUGCGGACCCCACCCGUGAGCGAGCCCCUACUACAGCAGGGUUUAUUUCCUACCCUGAAUUCGAGUUUCUGCACUACCGGAACCACGCCUCCUGAGAACCAGGGGAUAGCAGAAAAACCUCUCAGCGGGGCAGGGAGAAAGAUCCUGGGUAUCCUGCAACAUCCGGAUGGCACAGUUUUGAAACAGUUACAGCCACCUCCCAGGGGUCCAAGAGAGCUGGAAUUCUAUAAUAUGGUUUAUGCUGCUGAUUGUACUGAUGGUGUUCUUUUAGAGCUACGAAAAUAUUUGCCAAAAUAUUAUGGCAUCUGGUCACCUCCAACUGCACCAAAUGAUUUAUACCUAAAACUGGAAGAUGUGACCCAUAAAUUUAAUAAGCCCUGUAUAAUGGAUGUAAAGAUAGGGCAAAAGAGUUAUGAUCCUUUUGCCUCAUCUGAGAAGAUUAAGCAACAGGUCAGCAAGUACCCAUUAAUGGAAGAGAUUGGGUUCUUGGUGCUUGGCAUGAGGGUUUACCAAAUUCAUUCUGACAGCUAUGAGACACAAAACCAGCACUACGGAAGAAGCUUAACGAAAGAAACUCUAAAGGAUGGGGUCUCCAGGUUUUUUCAUAAUGGAUUCUGCGUAAGAAAAGAUGCUGUUGCUGCCAGCAUUCAGAAGAUUCAGAAUAUUCUGCAAUGGUUUGAAAAUCAGAAGCAGCUUAACUUUUAUGCAAGUUCAUUACUGUUUGUUUAUGAAGGCUCAUCUCGGCCAACUACUACAAAAUCAAAUGACAGAACUUUGGUAGAAAAGUUUUUGUCCAAAGGACAACUGUCAGACACAGAUGUACUGGAGUACAAUAAUAACUUUCAUGUGUUAAAUUCCACAGAGAAUGGAAAAAUAGAUGUUUCAGUAGGCAAAAGCUUGUCCAAGAUGUAUGCUUGUCACAGAAAAAUGUGUUCAAAAAAGCAUCACAGUCAUACUUCAUUGAAAGCUGAAAAUACAGAGCAAGACAAUGGGUGGAAAAGCAUGUCACAGGAACGUUUAAAUGGAAAUGUACUUUCCCAACUGGAAAAAGUUUUCUGCCAUCUUCCCACUGGUUGCCAGGAGAUUUCAGAAGCAGAAGUGCGAAUGAUAGAUUUUGCUCAUGUGUUCCCUAGCAACACAGUAGAUGAGGGAUAUGUUUAUGGGCUGAAGCAUUUAAUUACUGUACUGCAAAGUAUUUUAGACAAUUGA